ACUGUGGUGGAGCGGGCAGCGAGCGAUAAGGCGCUCGUGGAAGGCUCCGGUUGAGUCACCCUUAAGUAAUCGCGAACUGCGCUUCUUUGGGGCGGGCUGGUGCUGGCUGCGUGCCGGCUCCUACCGCGGCACGGCCAGACCUUGGGCUCUCCCGAGAGCCUCCCGGUUCAUUUGCUGGCAGCGCUCCGGACCGCUGUGGUUGCGGGUCCGGCCUCCGGCCACCGCUCCCAGUGCCCGGCUGCCCGCUCCGGCUCCGCGGCCCCGAGAGAGGGGCACGGGCGGGACUGGCUGCCGGGAGAUCGCUUCGGCAGGACAGACGCUCCAGCCGAUCCGCAGAAAGCCUGGAGAGAAGCAGCAGUGAUCAGAGCCGGUAACUGCGGGGACAGCGCUAACCUCUCGGGCAGAGCAUGCAGAGUUGGCUUUGUGUAACCAAAAAUGAUAGCUGCUGGAAAAUUUUCAAGUCUUUCCAGAAACGGCCCAGUGAACCACCAGUUUUCAUUAGCUUCUUCCAUGGACCUUUUGACCACAAAACCUUCACCAAUUGAGCAUCGCUCAAACUCUUUUCAAGGCAUCUCUAUCCAUGGCACUCUCCCCAGGAAGAAGAAGGGGACAGUUCCCUCUAGGUCUUGUGAUAUGUUUAGCCACGUAGGAACAUUGCCUUACACCAGAGCACGGCAGCAGCCACCUUUUGUACAGGAUGUUAUAGAAGAGUACCCUCCAGAAAAUGGAAAGAGCAGCAAACUCCAUGCCAGAGAUCAGAAUAUUCUGGAUCCUGCGUUGGAAUAUGUUAAGUUUUCUAGGGAGAGGCAAGUUAUGGACAACAGCCCGGAAAAACUGAAGAAGGAGUUAGAGGAAGAACUGCAACUGAGCAGUGAAGACUUGCGUAGCCAUGCCUGGUACCACGGACGUAUUCCUCGGCAGGUGGCAGAAGGCCUAGUUCAGAGAGAUGGAGAUUUUCUGAUUAGGGAUUCUCUCUCCAGUCCUGGGAACUUUGUUCUUACAAGUCAGUGGAAAAAUACCCCUCAGCAUUUUAAAAUCAACAAAACAGUCCUAAGACUCAAUGAAGCCUACUGUCGUGUUCAGUAUCAGUUUGAACUGGAAAGUUUUGACACUAUCCCUGGCUUAGUUAGGUACUAUGUUGGGAAUCGCACGCCAAUAUCAAAGCAGAGUGGAGCAAUUAUUUUUCAGCCUAUCAACAGGACUGUGCCUCUCAGGUGUCUGGAAGAAAAAUAUGGUGUAACUUCAGUCCAGCAAAAAGAGCCAAACACCCCUGAAGGAAAAGUGGAAACUGCAAAAAGGCUGAGUCUUGGUAUAUCCAGCAUGCAAUCCCCGGAGCAGAGCAUACCCAGAGGAAAUCUUUUGAGAAACAAAGAAAAAAGUGGUAGCCAGCCAUCUAGUUUGGAUCAUGUUCUGGAGAAAAGAUUCCCUUUAAAGGCUCACCAGUCAGAGAGCUAUCUGCUGAUAGGUUCAAGACAUCCAUCUCGAUUACCUGAAGCAGAUGCAAACUCCUGUCCCAGCUCACCUGCAUUUAGAACAGGCAGUGAACCAUCUCUAAGCCCCACAGUUAUUCAGAAAGUCACCUCAGAGUCACAGCUAGGGGAAGCUCUGAGAGGAUCAGACAGUCAGCUCUGUCCAAAGCCUCCACCUAAACCCAGCAAAGCACCCCUGAUGAAGCCCCCAGAUUCUGCUUUGGCUUCCCACAGCUCUGAAGGACACUAUUGUGAACUAAACCCUGACAGACAUCCUACAGCAGCAAAUCAACACUUGUGUCAGAAAAACAGCUAUGUGGAACAUAUGCUGCGGAAGGAGAGGGCAAUAUUCAGGAACUCUGAAACAAGCUAUUUGAUCCUUGAUGAAGAUCCUACAAUGAGCCCUGCAGAUCCUUUAGAAGCUUCAACUCAGAUGGCUGAAGAAGACAGCAUCUUUUCUGCACCUGUUUAUGAGACAGUGUCUAGUUUUAAACCAAAUGAUUUUGAAUCCAAACUACUUCCUCCUGAAAACAAGCCAUUGGAAACAUCCAUGUUAAGAAGAGUUAAGGAGCUUUUCACCAACAAUAACCCAAAGAUUAUUGCACAGCAUAUUCUUAGAAUGGACUGCAAGGUGGCAAGGAUAGUAGAAGUUUCUGAAGAGAUGAGGAGGAAUAUGGGGGGGAACUCUGGUCUUGAAUUGAUCACCUUGCCUUACGGACAUCAGCUGCGCCUUGACUUGAUUGAGAGGCACAAUACCAUGGCAAUAGGAAUAGCUGUGGAUAUCUUGGGUUGCACAGGAAGUGUAGAAGAUCGAGCAGCAACAUUAAACAGGAUCAUCCAAGUUGCUGUGGAGUUGAAGGAGUCACUAGGGGAUUUAUAUGGAUUUUCUGCCAUAAUGAAAGCACUGGAAAUGCCACAGGUCAGUAGGUUAGAACAAACCUGGACGGCUCUAAGACAUUGUUAUACCCAGACUGCCAUUAUGUAUGAAAAACAGCUGAAACCAUCUUGCAAAGCUUUGCAUGAAGGACAAGAUGAGUGGACUAAAACUAUCAGUGCUCCACAGAACAACAUAACAGUGCCACUGCUGAUGCCUCUUGUUACCUUGAUGGAGCGCCAGGCUGUUGUUUUUGAAGGCAUGGAGCUGUGGGAAAGCAGUGACCAGAGCGGUGAAAUAAUGCUCAGGCACUUGGGCACAGCUCGCCUGCUCGCCCAGCACGCCGAGACGUUUCGCCUGACAGCAGAGCGGCUGCUGCAAGGUUUCCAGCCAGAUGAAGAGCUGAGUGAAAUCUUCAAGACAGAAUUUCAAAUGAGAUUGCUCUGGGGCAGCAAAGGAGCACAAGUUAAUCAGAGUGAAAGAUACGAGAAAUUCAGCCGGAUCUUAACUGCACUUUCACGAAAACUGGAACCUCCUCCAGUGAAGCUGGUGGAACAAUUAAGUAUAUAAGACUCUGGAAACACUAUUUAAGUGAUAUACUUGAAAUAACCUUAGCAUUCUUCUGGCAAUUUGAUACUGCACAAACUUCUUGCAUUUCACAAGAUGUUUAGAACUUUU